AUGUGCCCCGUAUACGCGGAAGGUGGUGUCCGGACGAACGAGGAUUCAAUCUGUGAUGAUUACAGUGACGGGGAAGUGAGUGGGUGGAAAACGAUGAGUGAUGAUCUCAGGACGCGACGGAGCGCGAGGCGAUCCAUUGAACCAUUUGGAAGCUUCCCAGCACUCGUUCCCAAGUUUUCCUGGCUGAAGGAACUGAACCUUUCGGGAAGAUGCAACCGAAGUACCAGAGUCGCACACCGGAAGUCUUUCAUCGCGGCAACUUCGCCAACAUUACCGAGGCGACAUUCUCCGGGUUCCCAUGGAAGCCCGUUGGAAAGCCCCCGGAACAUGUCGCCGAGUCAACAACACUUCGCCUUCUCCUCAGUGAAGCGGGCUGAGGGUCGUAGAUGGUCGGUGGCUUCUUUGCCCUCCUCGGGAUAUGGGACAACCCCAGGAAGCUCUGCAGUUUCUUCGCAAUGUUCUUCGCAAGAACGACUUCACCAUCAGCAUCAUUCUCACCACCAACAUCCGCUACCACCACCUCCACCGUCGCCGACUUCCGGCGCAAUCGGGCCUCAGCAACAGAGCUUGCAUCCGGGAGCCACUGCUCCAGUGGUGGAAUGCUGCUGUUGCGCGAAUAUGUGCGAAUUGUCGAUGCAGCAUUCGAGUGCCAGUGGCACUGGGACGUUGUGUUUUUCGUCCAACGAGUCGAACCCGUCGAUUGAGCUCGGGGUCAUGGAAGACGGGCGCAGGUCGCCGAUUUUGUCGGCCAUGUCGUCACCUGGCAUGCGACCGAGAUCCAGGAGUCUGAGCAGCCCAAUACGGUCACCGGUCAUGGAAUCCGGAUCGGAGAUAGUGCUAAUGAACGAGCUCUACCGUGAGCGGUUCCCGAAAGCAACCCAGCAGAUGGAGGAGCGGCUGCAAGAUUUUCUCGACGAGAACUCGGGCGAGGACAUCUCAGAUGGUAUUCUGCGGUUCGUUCACCACCAGGUGAUUGAGCUCGCCAAGGACUGCCUUCAAAAGUCGCAAGAGAAGCGUGUCACUUCGCACUAUUUCUACGAGCUAAGCGAGAACUUAGACCGGCUAUUAUGCGAGACGCGAGAAAAAUCAGCCGAAGCCGCUGUGCAUUUGUCUGGCCUGGUGAAGAAGCUAAUGAUAAUUAUGGCCCGACCUGCGCGGCUGUUGGAGUGUUUGGAGUUUGACCCGGAAGAAUUUUACCGGCUUCUGGAACAAGCUGAGGGUCAUGCAAAAAUGUCGGCUGAAAUUGGGACUGCGUGCUGCUCGAAGAGUGAAAUUCCGCGUUAUAUAAUCUCUAAGCUGGGCCUAAACAAGGAUCCACUGGAAGAGUUUCAACAAGAUCUUCAACAACUUCAAAAGGAUGCUGAAAGAGAGUCGCUUCUUGAAUCCGGUGAAGCGGCUAGCGACGCAGAAGCAAAUGAAGACGAACAACAAGACGACGAGUCUGUAGACGAGGAAGAGGAGGAGGAAGAUGAAAAGACAGCUAAGAAUGAUCAAGAGUCGGGGGAGAAGUCCAAGACUCGUGGCAAGAAAUCAAAAUCCAAGGGAAAGACCAAGAGCGUGCACGCUAUGGCGACAAAUUUGUACGAAGGGUAUUUGGAUAGAGAAGCACGGCAAUUUGAAGAUCAACAAGUGUUCGGAACGCCGGAAUAUAUUGCCCCUGAAGUUAUUUUGAGGCAAGGGUACGGCAAGGCUGUGGACUGGUGGGCCAUGGGCAUCAUUUUGUAUGAGUUUCUCACCGGCUGUGUUCCAUUUUUCGGUGAGACGCCAGAGGAGUUGUUCGCGCACACUGUUUCGGCCGAGAUUGAGUGGCCAGAGGAGGACGACUGGCCAGUGGAUGCUCAAGCCAAGGCGCUGAUAACGGAGCUUCUGUGCUUGAGUCCCAUCGAACGACUGGGUACUGGAGGGGCUGUGGAAGUCAAGGCACACCCAUUCUUUGCUGAGCUUGACUGGGACUCUGUCUUGCGACAGAAGGCUGCUUUUGUCCCGCAGUUGGAAGGCGACGAAGACACUUCUUACUUCGACACACGAACAGAUCGUUACAACCACAUGACGGAGGACACGGACGAUGCUGACGAAUCACUCAUGUUCUCGUCAUUCUCCUCGUGCUCGCCGCGAUACAAGCGGUGGAUGAGACCGGAUUCGGAUAACUCGGGUCCAGAGUCAUUCACCGAUUCGCCACUGGAUAAGAGGGACACUGGAGGGGCUAGUCGGUCUUCCUUUUCAUCAUCAUCAUCGUCCGCCGUGACGCACCGCUCUGGAGUAGACGGUUCAGGUUCGGUGGCGAACAGCGGUGGUGUGACUGGUUUUAGUACUCCGGAAUCCAGCCAGACGGAAGGAGAAGAGGCGUCGCCUUUAGUGCAAAGGCGCACGCGGAAGGUCAACGCGGUUUGUUCCAAAAGUGGAACCCCGCCAACAAAAUCUUCGGAGGGUGUCACCCGACCUUCAGCCCCAUAUGGCAUGCAUCUUAAGCGACACAGUUUAUCUGCUCCUUCCACUCCGCCUAUUGCGCAUAAUACUACUUCUCCUCUUGCAACGUCCGGUGAGGAAUCAGCAGCUGUGAAACGUUCCGUGUCAACGGGCACUCCUGGUGCCCAACAGCAGCAAAGCCAAGGAUACGCAGCAUCUGGAUCAUCUUCGUCCUCAUUAUCAUUGCCGAGUUGCCCGAUCACCAGCACUCCAACAAUCGCUGCAGUUUCUUCAUCCGCUGUAUCACCACUGAUGAAGCACGUAUCGCGAUCUGCGAUCAUCAAGAGUGCCUCUGCAUCUGGUCUAUCUCUCGUUAUACCACCUGAUGAUCGUUACGUGCAUGGACAGCCGUUGCCUUCCCCGGGUGGUGGAUCCAGCACUGCGAGUUCUCGGGAUCCUUCGCCUAGUCGUGAAGGUUCCCCUUUGAUAUCCUGUCUAAAACCACCCAUCAUUCUUCGUCGAUCCCCUCAGGGAUUCGGCUUCACUAUGCAAGCGAUCCCUGUCUAUUGCGGGGAUAACUCCGAUUACUACACGGUUCAUCAUAUCGUAAAGCAUGUGAAUUGUGGAAGCCCAGCGUUUGAGGCUGGUUUGAGGCCAGGAGAUUUGCUGACGCAUAUAAAUGGGGAACCUAUUCAUGGACGACUUCACCCGGAGGUCUUGAGCAUGUUGCUUGCGGGCGGCGAUAGCGUGACUGUGAGAGCCACUCCUUUGGAGAAUACUUCGAUCAGAACGGGUGGUAGACGACGUAGCUUAUCGAAAGCGAAGCUUGCUCGUCCACACAGGAGACCGUAUCGCAAGGGUACUCAUCACAGAAGCCGUCGAGACCCGCGUUCGUCAGUUUCCGGCGUGAAUUCCGGACUCCUUGGUCACUACAGUCGCGCAACAUCCCCGGGCCGGAAUGGGUCAGUUGUCGCUGCAGGUUCUCCUCACCACGCGGCAACUUCGGGUCCCCACUCACUCCACGCAAUUCACGGACAACCCGCACCUUCAGGGGCGCAAAUCACCAUGCAUCAUCACCAUCCCGCGCAGCUGUUGAACCAGGGUGUUGGAGUGCAUCACCACCACCUCCUGCAACACCCUCAUCACGUGCAUCCAAUGUCUGGUCAUGCCCAAGGGUUUGCAGCUGGACCAGGUGGCGUUCCUCAAGCUCGCCCGCGAAAGGGUUCGUCGUUGUUGAGAAAAUUGAGCAGCAAACGGGCGUCUGCAGAGUUUCACCACCAGACACUGUUCACCUCGUCCACCGGUUAUCAUUUGGAAUCUUGA